AUGCAUGUUGGAUUAGAUUUUUGCAAAAGAACCUCUACACUUGAUCUUGUUGGGUAUGUGGACUCUGAUUUUGCAGGAGCUCAAGAUUCAAGGAAGUCCACCACAGCCUACUACUUUACCUUAGGUGGAAACUGCAUCAGCUGGAAAUCCCAACUUCAACCAUUGGUAGCACUGUCCACAACAGAAGCUGAGUAUGUGGCAGUGACUGAUGCAUUCAAGGAGGCAAUAUGGCUACAGGGGAUCUUGAAAGAGGCAAACUUGAUGGAUGGACUUGUGAUUGUGUAUUCUAACAGUCAAAGUGCCAUUCAUCUAAGUAAGAACCCGAUAUCAUGA